AUGACUGCUAAAAUGACUUCCACUCAGUUUGUGUCAUCAAUGAAUGAAACAUUUUUUCGUCCAACAUUUUACAUUAGUGGACUUUACAAUGUUCCACAUGCAAAAUAUUACUAUAUAUUUCUGUGUUUUGUGUAUGCUGUUACUGUUUUAGGAAAUUCUUUUGUAAUGGGUGUUAUAUUCCUGGCACGCACGCUGCACACAGCAAAGUACAUAGCAGUCUUCAACUUGGCCUUCUCUGAUCUGUGUGGAAGCUCAGCUGUCAUUCCAAAGUAUGUGGAAAUGUUUUUGUUUGACAAACAGUACAUUUCUUAUGAGGACUGUCUGGCAAACAUGUUUUUUGUUUUUUUCUUUAUGACUCUACAGUCUCUUACUCUGCUUGCUCUGGCUUAUGACAGACUGGUUGCCAUAUGUUUCCCUCUGAGGUAUCAUGCUGUUGUAACCAAAACAGCGAUGGCUGUGAUCAUUGGUGUUAUAUGGGUUUUUGCAUUGAUUGUCUUUGCUCUGCUUGUGGGUUUUAUUACCAGACUGUCCUUCUGUAGAUCUACUACAGUUGACAGCUAUUUCUGUGAUCAUGGCCCAGUCUAUAAACUGGCAUGUAAUGAUACUACCUUGAAUUACAUAAUGGCACUUAUCUGUAUUGCUGCAAUACUUUAUAUUCCACUGAUACUGAUAACUGUUUCAUAUGUUUGUAUUGGUUUUGCCUUGCUCAGGCUCUCACAUGGUGCUGACAGACUCAAAGCUAUUAAGACCUGCGCUUCUCAUCUCAUGUUAGUGGCUAUGUUUUACCUCCCAAUUAUUAGCGUUUACAUUGUUAUUCUUACAACAUAUAUUCAUCCAAAUACUAGAAUAAUUAACUCCGUAUUGACGCACACUAUUCCACCUAUGUUAAAUCCCAUUAUAUAUACUUUAAAGACAAAGGAGAUAUUACAGUCUAUUAAAGUAAUUUACAGACGAGCCAAGCUAAACUAUGUGAUGGAAGGGCCUGUGAUUAGCAAUUAG